CGUAACUGCCCGCGAAAUAUUGGACAAAAGAAACUCGGCUAUAGUAGUGUCAACUAAAUCCAUAGUAUUACAACAAAAGUGCUUUAAACGAGCCCAGCUGCGUGUGAUCCAAUCAGCAGCAGGUGCAGCAGCAGGUGUGAUAAUGAAGGUGAGAUAAUGAAGGUGAGAUAAUGAAGGUGAGUUCAGAGUGAGAUCAGACUACUUGGCUCUCCCGUCGCAGCACUCCAGCACGAGCUCCACACACCCGCAUCAUGUCGGUGUUCGCGUGGCUUCUUUGGAUUGUGUUUCGUGGUACUCUAGGAGGUCCGGUUCAGCACGCGACAUGGUCGGAAGGGGCAGACCUACAUUCGGUACAGACACCACAGCAUGAAGCCACGAACCCUUCGUUCUACCACCUGCCCAUGUUCCAGCAUGCACUGAGGCCACUUGUAUCCCCGGAGCUGUUUCGUCCGGUCCUUCAGAAGAGCCCACUGCCCACCGGACUGAAUGCUCUACUGUUCCCGCAAGCGAGAAUACAGCACAGCCUCACGGGGACGGGGUCACGCGCUGUGCACGUCUGGUGCGGGUUCGAUGAUAUCUCUGUGCGCGUCGACCGCCUCCAUCUGCGCACGUGGACCGAUCCAUCGCUGUUUCGACUCGGCUCGUGCCCGGUCAGCAGGGUCAGCCCCCGCUUUCUCUACUUCCACCACAGACUGACCGACUGCGGCGGAGAGCCUCAGGUUGUUGGCGGCCAGCUGGUGUACAGCUAUGUGCUGUGCUAUACUCCACCUCAGCAAGGCUACGUCAUCAGAGUCGUACCACUUAACUUCCCUAUCUAUUGCAAUUACAACAGGUUCCAUUACGCCUACCAAGUUGGCUUCAGACCUCAAAUUCAACACACAACCUUAAUGAAGAGCAUCAGGAGUAAACUCAGCUACAGCCUUACUGUCUGCAAUGCCCAGGGAGAGCCCGUCCCAUCAGGCCAUUGGUUCUUUUUAGGGGAGCCGGUUUAUUUUGUUGCCCAGGCAGCAGCUCUGUUUGCUGGGGAGAGGCUUUAUGUGGACUCCUGCUAUGCCACAAGCUCCAGCGACCCACACAGUGAGCACAGAGCGGACAUCAUUACUAACUAUGGCUGCAUGCCAGACAGCAGGAGGGUGGGCAGCAGCUCCCGCUUCCUGCUGGGAGGGGGCAGUGUGCUGAAGUUCUCUGUGGAUGCAUUUCUCUUCAGAGAACUCUCACAGGUGCUGUACCUCCACUGUUCAAUAUCAGUCGGUCUCACCACUUCCUACUCCUCAAAGUCCUGCAGCUACGACCAGGCUGCUGGCAGGUGGGAGGAGCUGACGGCCGCAGCCUCAGUGUGCUCCUGCUGUGACUCCAUGUGUGGCAACAUACACCAAUCAGCUAACAAGAACACAGUCAGCAGUCCAGGCUUGCUCAUCAGACAAAGAAGUGAAGUGAAACCAAGGGGGAAGGAGAUGUCUUUUCAAGCAGAGAAGACAAGAGACUGGGAAGAUCCAGAAGAGAAGCUGGAAGAGGAAAAAGAUGAGAACCAUAAGGAAGUCCAGACUUUUCCACAGGAGACGGAGGAGGAAGAAGCCAGUCCUAAGAAGACUAAUGAGACAAAAGCAUGGAGAACAAGUGAUGUAGUCACUCAGGAGGAGGAGGAGGAGGAGGAGGACGACGUGGGAGAGACGGAGGUGGUGAUGGAUGAGACGGACAGCCAGCUGAAAGAGUUCUCUACAGAGGACAUCAUGCCUGACCAGAGUACACCAGAGGAAUUCUCAAGUACCGAACAUGCUUCUGUGAGUGGUUUGUCCAGUCACAACAUCAGCACUGAUGCUUCUGGUUCCAGCGCUACAACUACAGCUUCCAGCUUUGCGAUUGAUUAUGAUGAUACGAGUAAUCUUGGUUCUGCAGAAAAUGUUUCCACAUCUGCACUUCCUACCAGUGAGCUUUGUGCUGAUGGUGACCCAAAGAACUGCAGCACCACCAUUAAUAGUGCAGCAGGUGGGACACAAAGCUUCACCCCUGAUACUGUUGUUGGAGUAACCAAUAGAUCUGGUUCUCUUUGGGAGUCAGAUAUUAGAGACUUUGAGACAGUUGGGAAACACUCUGACACCGGUGACUUGGGAAUGGAUGUUCCAGGUUUGUUUAAUAUCAGCAGGCUGGAGGCAAAUCAGAGUGACUCGCUCCUCUGGUCUGACUGGAUACAAGGCCAAGCAGAAGAUGCUGAUCAGAGUGAAGGAGAUGAUGAUGGUGGUGGUGAUGAUGAUGAUGAUAUGCUUCACAGUGUUCAGAGCAGAGAGUCAGACUCGGAGCAGCACGCUCAUCCAGCUGGCUUCAGGGACACCACCUUUGUACACGGGUCUCUCGGUAAGCCUGAUUUUGAUUCUGGAGCUGAAGAAGACGAAGUUCUUCAUCUGAGUCCCUUGACUGGAGAAGAGCAGACAAAAUGGCAGGAAGAAUACUUUUCUGAUGCCACUACAAGACCACACGGUGUCAGUUCUUUGAGUUUAGAGGACAUGCAUGAAGACAGCCUUAGUCACUCUGCUUUGGUGAGCAUCUCCUCCGCCCUGCAGGGCUCUGUGAGCAGCCUGCCAGCUGAUUCGGACUGGGCUGAUCUGGAGCCAGCACCGGGCUUGUACAGCUUGGGGUUUGUGGAGGAGUGGCCAGUAGAGGAGUUGGGACAGAAGCUGAUGGAUGACUUCUAUCAAGAUGAGAUUAAUUAUCAGAAAAGUUCUAACACUGGUUUACAUAAGAAUGGACACAAUAUUUCACUAGAGUUUUAAACAUGUCUGAGUCUGACCUGACAAAAACAGCACAUGCGAUCCUGUGCUGCUGUAUUUAUUACGUUGUUUUGUACAUGUUUCAAUAUUUAUGAAAGUCUUAAGAACUGCUUUGCAGGGGGGAAAGGUAAAGUCAGAAGUCAUAGUGGGUCAUGUAGAAUCCAUCCAGCAACAGGAAAUGAGGCAGUUAACUUUACAACCCUUUCUUUCAAAUGCUGUAACUUUCCUAUGAUUGUAGAACCUCAGUAAUUUUGAAACCUUUCUGUAAAUGUCAAGGACCAACAGCUGUUAGUGCUCACAUGAAGAAUAUGAAACCAGGAGAGACUUUCAGACAAACCUUUCCAAGACUGGAGGAGAACCUGAUGUUCAGCUGCCUGUAGCCAUGAU